AUGCGUGCCGCCGCCUUCAUCGCCACAUACUUCCUUGCUGCAAGCGCUGCCGCUCAGACGAUCUACUGCUGCAGCUCCAACGAGAAUGACCAAAUUGUGUACGAGACAGAUGAGACCGCUGUCUGCUGCCAGAGCUCUGGAGGCCAACUUCAAGGUUAG